AUGGGAGCUAUUUGUAUUGCAAGGGACUUCUGUUUGUUUUUACUCUUGUUAAAUACUCGCCAAAGCGCCGCACUUCCUCAGAAUAGUGAUGCCGACCAAUGUGCUGAGGGAAGUGAUGGUUGUCACAUUGAUGCUAUUUGUCAAAAUACUCAAGCAUCUUACAAGUGCACAUGUAAAUCGGGCUUUAAAGGGGACGGUAAACAUUGUGAAGACAUUGAUGAAUGCGACAUCGAGUUCAACGGUGGUUGUGUGCACGAAUGUAACAACAUACCAGGCAAUUAUCGAUGCACUUGCUACGAUGGAUUCAAUUUGGCACACGAUGGACAUAACUGUCUCGAUGUUGACGAAUGUGUCUUCAACAAUGGUGGCUGUCAGCAUGUGUGCGUCAACACCAUGGGUAGCUAUGAGUGCCGCUGUAAGGAAGGCUUUUUCUUAAGUGACAACCAGCACACAUGCAUCCAUCGGUCUGUGGAGGGUCUCAGCUGUAUGAAUAAGGAGCAUGGUUGUGCACACAUCUGCAAGGAGACACCCAAAGGGGGUGUGGCCUGUGAGUGCAGGCCAGGAUUUGAGCUGGCCAAAAACCAAAGAGGCUGUAUCUUAACCUGUAACCAUGGCAACGGGGGCUGUCAGCACAUCUGUGAAGACACUGAGCAGGGUCCUAUAUGCAGGUGUCAUGCGAGGUAUGCCCUGCAUGCAGAUGGGAGAUCCUGUAUAGAAAGGGAUGAAGCAGCUGCUGACACCUCAGAUCACAACGCCACCUCGCUUGCCGAAGUGGACAAACGCGUCAAGCGACGAUUACUCAUGGAGACGUGUGCUGUGAACAAUGGGGGCUGUGACUGCACCUGUAAGGACACAUCCACAGGUGUACGAUGUACUUGUCCCAUUGGCUUCACCCUUCAGCCUGAUGGCAAAACCUGCAAAGACAUAGAUGAAUGUGAGCUCCACAAUGGCGGCUGUGACCACUUCUGCAGAAACACCAUCGGCAGCUUUGAGUGCAGCUGCCGGAAGGGUUUUAAACUGCUCACAGAUGAGCGCUCAUGCCAGGAUAUUGAUGAGUGCUUCUUUGAGAGAACAUGUGACCAUACUUGUGUGAACUCACCUGGUAGUUUCCAGUGUGUGUGCAACAAAGGCUACACCCUCUAUGGCCUUGCUCAUUGCGGAGACAUAAACGAGUGCAGUGUAAAUAAUGGAGGUUGUGAACACCGUUGUGAGAAUACAAUGGGAGGGUUUGAAUGUCAUUGCCACCCUGGUUACAAACUGCACUGGAACAAGAAGGACUGCAUUGAAGUCGAAGGUUUUUCCCCUGCUGUGAUACCACCUGCUAGACCCACCCUGAACUGCACAAAGCAGGGAGGAGGUGACCAUUGCUAUCUCAGCUGUCAGUCUCAGAUUCACAUCAGCAGUGAUGCUACUUCCACACUACGAAUCAAAACCAUUGCAACGUUUAAGUCUAGUCAGGGAAAGUGCAAUCUCAAACGGAGUCAGGAGAAACUGAAAGAAGGCUUCAAUACAGCUCUGAAACCCUUGCACACAGAAAAUGUCCAAUUCAGCUUUGUUAGCCUGCGCUGCAGCUCUAUAGGCAGGCGGCUGCGCAGUCGUCACGGCCGGAAGGCAGGCGAGGAGGAGGGCUCUUCCAUCACGGCUGAGUUUGAGCUUGAUGUGAACGUAGAGGAGGUAACAGAUGGCUGUGAUCUCAGUUGUGCGCGACGCCGUUCUGAGAAGCGGCUACGGAAGACAAUACGUACCCUGCGCAAGUCAAUAAACAGAGAACAGUUCCACCUGCACUUCGCUGGUUCUGAGUAUGAGUUGGCGAAGAAGAUGAGCCGACCUGCUGACCUACCUGAGCACUGUAGCACAGGACAGGUGCUGGUUGACAAGAUUUGUGUGAGCUGCAGCGUUGGAACGUACUUUGACGGGGAAUUGGGAAGGUGUGUUUUGUGUCCCGCUGGAACGUACCAAGAUGAAGAGGGGCAGGUGUCAUGUGAGGUGUGUCCAGGGCCCGAGGGAAGGGGAACUCCCAGGUCGGCAGGGGCUCGAAACAUUUCGGAGUGUGGAGGUCAGUGUUCUCCAGGGCAAUACUCUCACGAUGGCUUUGUGCCAUGCCUUCCUUGUCCUCGGGGCACCUACCAACCAGAGGUGGGGCGCACUUCCUGUUUCCCAUGUGGAGGAAAUCUCAUCACCAAGCAUGAGGGUGCAGUGUCAUUUCAGAGCUGUGAGACUAAAGUCCAGUGCUCACCGGGGCAUUACUACAACACAAGCACACACCGCUGCAUCCGCUGCCCUGUGGGAACCUACCAGACAGAGUUUGGCCAGAACUACUGUGUGGCCUGUCCUGGAAACACCACCACUGAUUUUGAUGGCUCCACAAACAUUAUGCAGUGCAAAAAUAGGCGAUGCGGAGGAGAGUUGGGGGAUUACACCGGCUUUAUCGAGUCCCCCAACUACCCAGGGAACUAUCCUGCCAAUGUUGAGUGCACCUGGACUAUCAACCCUCCACCCAAACGCAGGAUCCUCAUUGUGGUGCCAGAGAUUUACCUCCCUAUUGAGGAUGAGUGUGGGGACUAUUUAGUCAUGAGGAAGAGUUCUCUCCCGAAUUCUGUGACGACUUAUGAGACAUGUCAGACGUAUGAACGGCCCAUUGCUUUCACCUCUCGCUCAAAGCGACUUUGGAUCCAGUUCAGAUCCAAUGAGGGGAACAGUGGGAAAGGCUUCCAGGUGCCUUAUGUAACUUACGAUGAGGACUACCAGGAGCUUAUUGAAGACAUUGUUAGGGAUGGAAGAUUAUAUGCCUCUGAGAAUCACCAAGAAAUUCUGAAGGACAAGAAGCUCAUGAAGGCUCUUUUUGAUGUUCUUGCCCAUCCACAAAACUUCUUCAAUUACACAGCCCAGGAAUCCAGAGAAAUGUUUCCAAAGUCAUUUAUUAAGUUUCUUCGCUCCAAAGUUUUGAGAUUUUUGCGUCCCUAG